GCGCACAGAUGACGCUUGGCAUUGGGUAAAUAUCGCCGAUGACCUCACCCUCCUUCCGGCGAGACAUGCAUGAUCAUCCUCCAGGGCGAGGCGAGUUGCACGCCCCUCCGACGAGGAUUGCACCUAUUUGUACUGUAGGUUCCCAGGGACCAAUUGCGCGGAAAUGGCAAUCAUUCAGAACUGGCUGCCGCCAUCGCGCGAGAACUGGGAGAGCAUAUGCUUCGUCUUCCAGCUUUUCCCUCUGUUCACGGUAGUCCAAUGGCUCGUCGACUGGUACCCGCAAGGCAAGACGUCGAGGGAAUCGAGGUUCAACAUACCGGGGAAGAUAGGCUGGGCUGCCAUGGAAGCGCCAGGCUUCAUCACACUCGUAUACAUCAUGUUCACACUGCCCGGCGAGUUGGGAAUCCGCGAGCUGCCCUGGGGUAAUUGGAUCAUGGCGGGAUGCUUUGUGCUUCACUACAUCUACCGCGCCCUCGUCGCACCUCUCUAUCUCAAUCCCAGCAUGGCGCCCAUGCAUCCCAUCAUCUGCGUUGCCGCCCUCGCCUUCCAGCUCUUCAACGCGACCUCCAUCGGCGGGUGGCUCGCCGGCUACGGUCCCACAACCGCGCAGGACUGGGCUGGUCGCAGCUGGUCUGUAGAGAUUGGGCUGGUCAUCUGGGCCUGGGGCCUCAUGGGGAACAUAUACCACGACGAUGUCCUUCGAGAAAUCCGGAGAGCGGCAGCUGGCAAGCAGCGUCAGGAGGCGGAGAGACUAGGCGAGCGGCCGAGCAGCGUCGAUAAGGUGUACAUGCUGCCCGAGGACGGGCUGUUCAAGCACGUCCUGUAUGCGCACUACUUGUGCGAGUGGAUCGAGUGGGCGGGAUUUUGGAUGGUUGGAGGGUGGCACUGCCAUCCGGCGAGGACGUUUCUGGCCAACGAGAUCAGUACCAUGCUUCCGCGAGCGCUGCAAGGGAAGAAGUGGUAUGAGAAGAAGUUUGGCAAGGAUAAAGUGGGUGACCGGAAGGCGGUCAUCCCGGGCGUGAUUUGAGAGACGAAGGUUGUAGCCGAAGGUUGUGACGGGUGCUCAGGUUCGAACUUGGUAGACUAUUCAAUACAUGAUCAACAGUGACAAAGGCGGUUGAUGAGGGUGCUCACACAGCACAAGUCCAAUAGAUGCAGAUACAUACAUACCGCCUCUUUUCACGUCCGACUGAACAACCCUCUGUACUUCCA